AGACAAGUGGCUGAUUGCUAUAUAAAAAGACUAAGAACUUGAUCAGAUAAGAAAAAAAAAAACUAAAUUAUGGCUAAUGAGCUUGGUUUGGUGAUAAAAAAGAACCAGUGGAAGAUGCCAAUGAGUGUUUUCUUCAAGGAUGCAAGACUUGUUUUCAAGUGGGAUGAUCUUGGAAAAGAGAUCCUAGGAAUUGCAUUUCCAGCUGCUCUAGCUGUUGCUGCUGAUCCCAUUGCUUCUCUUAUCGACACCAUUUUCGUCGGCCAUAUUGGAGCUGUUGAACUUGCAGCCGUUGGAGUGUCUGUUGCGAUAUUCAAUCAAGCUUCAAGGAUCACCAUAUUCCCAUUGGUGAGCAUAACAACAUCAUUUGUUGCUGAGGAAGACACUAUUGGAAAAACAGCCAUAAAACCAGUGAAAGGUGAGACAGAGAAGCAUUUGACAGAGAAUGGCCGAAAGAGAGAACUUACAUUACAGGAUGAAACCAAGAAGGAAAACAUGUUGGAAAAGAGUAGUUCUGCUUCACUUAUAACUAAAGAAACGAGAAAUUCGACACCCGGAAAUGGCACCAUUCAUGAUUUGGAAAAGAAUCCAAACAUGUUGGAAAAGAAGUCCUCAGAAGAACAUGAUGGAAAAAGAGAAUCUGUACAAGAAAAUGCCACACUUGAGAACUCUGAAAAAGAUUUGAGCACAAAGAAGAGUCAACCUCCUACUGUCAAGCCCAAGAAUAGAGAGAAGAAGCACAUUGCUUCAGCAUCCACAGCACUGAUCUUUGGGACAGUUUUGGGCCUCCUGCAAGCAGUUUUCCUUGCAUUUGGGGCUAAAUUCCUAUUAAAUGUAAUGGGAGUGAAGCAAGGCUCUCCAAUGCUAGCUCCUGCAAUGAAAUACUUGGUGUUAAGGUCACUUGGUGCUCCCGCUGUUCUUCUCUCUCUGGCCAUGCAGGGAAUCUUCAGAGGAUUUAAGGACACAAGAACUCCUCUCUAUGUUAUUGUUUUGGGGUACACAACAAAUAUCAUUUUGGAUCCAAUAUUGAUAUUUGUGUGCCAUUUGGGAGUGAAGGGUGCAGCCAUAGCACAUGUUCUUUCUCAGUACUUAAUUGUGUUGGUUCUAGCUUGGAGAUUAAUGCAAAAAGUGGAUCUCUUACCUCCUAGCCUUAGAGAAUUGCAGCUCGGUCGAUUUCUCAAAAAUGGUAGUCUGCUGUUGGCAAGAGUUAUAGCUGUGACCUUCUGCGUGACACUUGCUGCAUCCAUGGCUGCUCGGCUAGGUCCAACGCCGAUGGCUGCCUUCCAGACUUGCUUACAAGUCUGGAUGACGUCCUCCCUCCUCGCUGAUGGGCUUGCUGUUGCCGGACAGGCGAUCCUAGCCUGUGCAUUUGCAGAGAAAGACUACGACAAGACAACGGCUACAGCCACAAGAGUGCUACAGAUGAGCUUCGUUCUCGGCGUUGGACUUGCUGUGAUUGUUGCAGUGAUCAUGUACUUCGGAGCUGGAAUCUUCUCCGGAGAUGUAACUGUGCAAGCCCUCAUCCACGUCGGAGUGCCGUUUGUGGCCGCCACACAGCCAAUGAACUCUUUAGCAUUCGUAUUUGACGGAGUCAAUUUUGGAGCUUCUGAUUUUGCUUACUCUGCCUACUCUUUGACUUUGGUUUCCAUUGCUACCAUUCUCUCUCUCUUCCUUCUCUCCAAAAGCUAUGGUUUCCUCGGGAUUUGGACUGCUUUGGCCAUCUACAUGGCCCUUCGUACUCUUGUAGGAUUGUUGAGGAUGGGAAGUGGAACAGGACCGUGGCGUUACCUAAGAGGCUCGUUGUUGCCCUAAUUACGUUCUUACAUCAGAAAA